AACACAGAAGAUUCACCCAUUUGAGGAGGAAAUUGCUUCCUUACUGGAAAACCCCACCAAGUAUUCGGCUUUUUGUAACUUCACACCGAGCAGCCAAAGCGCAGAAAUGAGCACCUCAUACAAUUGGGUCAAUACAGAAGCUCAAUUGGAGAAUCUGGCUAGGUUGUUGGGUGAGGAGAAAGCUUUUGGUGUUGAUACAGAGCAACACAGCUUUCGGUCAUUCCUAGGAUAUACUGCACUUGUGCAGAUCUCUACCCAGAAGGAAGACUAUUUGAUAGACACAAUUGCUCUACAUGAUGCGAUGGGUAUUCUGCGCCCAGUUUUUGCCAGUCCAUCCAUCUGUAAGAUCUUCCACGGAGCUGACAAUGAUGUUCUUUGGCUUCAGAGAGAUUUUCAUAUUUAUGUCGUGAAUAUGUUUGAUACUGCCAAAGCAUGUGAGGUUCUAUCAAAACCACAGAAAUCAUUAGCAUAUUUGCUAGAAUUAUAUUGUGGAGUGACUACCGACAAGACAAUGCAGCGUGAAGAUUGGAGAAUACGCCCGCUGACAGCAGAAAUGAUUGAGUAUGCCCGUUGUGACGCUCACUAUCUGUUGAACAUUGCAAAUUGUUUGGCAUCAGAGCUCCAUUCAAAAGGCUGUGAUUCUCCCGAUGGCAAAAUCAAUUUUUUCUUGGAGGCUAGCCGUCGGUCAAACAUGGUGUGCAUGCAACUAUAUACAAAGGAAAUUGAAUGCCCUCCAGGAACUUCCUCUGCAGCUUCUAUUCUCUCACGAAAUUUACAAACUCAUGGACUUGACUCCAAGAAGUCUAGUGAAGUGAAGGAUCUUGUUCGGAAAUUUUGCGCAUGGAGGGAUUUAAUGGCUCGCAUGCAUGAUGAAAGUUUACGGUAUAUCCUGUCAGACCAAGCUAUAGCUGCCCUUGCUGUUAGUGUUCCAAAAGGUCCAACGGAGAUCUGUGCUGUCAUAGCAGAAACUGAGCUAAGUGCUUCAACUGUGAAUCCUUCCUUGACGUCGCCAUCUCCUAUUGUUGGUGCUCACAUUGAAGAACUCUGCUAUUUGAUUGAGGACACCACAGUGAGCAUGGAUAACUUGUUUACAAGUUUGCUUGGAAAGUAUAAAGACCCAAGUGGAUUAUGUCGACUAUCUGUCUAUAAUUAUAACCUUGUAUCACAGCUAAGUUUGAAGCAAACAAAUAUAUUUGCUUUUGCAUCAAGUGGAGAAAAGUUGUUGAGAGCACCACAUAAACAAAAGGCUUCCCGGGAAUCAUUCAUUAAGAAGUUUUCAUGUAAGUCACCAGUUUAUCACAACUGCAGGAUCUAUGCUAGUGACGGAAGACUACUUUGCUACUGUGACCGCAAAAAGUUGGAAUGGUAUGUUCAACGGGAUUUGGCAAAGUUAGUAGAAGAUAAUCCUCCAGGGAUCAUGCUUUUGUUUGAACCUAAGGGCCGCCCAGAGGAUGAAGAUAAUGAAUUCUAUAUCCAGAGCAAGAAAAAUAUUUGUGUUGGAUGUGGAGAAAAGAGCCACUAUAUCAGAUAUAGAAUAAUACCAUCUUGCUACAGGAUGCAUUUUCCAGAGCAUCUGAAGAGCCAUCGUUCACAUGAUAUUGUACUUCUAUGUGUGGAUUGCCAUGAAAUCGCUCAUUCAGCUGCUGAGAAGUACAAGAGGCGACUAGCACAGGAAUUUGGGAUACCCCUUUUUGUGCAAAAGAUAGUGAACUCGGGUGAUACAAGUCUAAUAACCGAUGCAUCAUUGUCUGAAGAUAAAUUGAAUGGAACAGGCGUAUCUCCUUUGCUGCUUAGGACUGCUGCAAUGGCCCUUCUGCGGCAUGGGUCUAAUAUGCCUUUGAAGAGACGUGAAGAGCUAAUGCAGAUUGUAAAGUCAUACUAUGGUGGUAGGGACGUGACUCCUGAAGACCUGGAGAGGGCAUUACUUGUUGGUAUGAGCCCCCAUGAGCUAAGGCGGCUUGAAAAGAAAAAAGGGUAUCCUCAAUCUUUUAGAGCUCAGACUCAAAACAUUAUUAGGAAGACCAACAACAAGACCAUCUUAGAAGACAUCGGACAUGAUUCGGAAAAUAACCAUGCUUUACCUGAGCAAGAUUCAGAUGAUGGUCAACAAGGUACUGAUGGAAUUGGGUAUGAUGGUCAGGAGGAAGAUUCAAGUGUCAGCCAAGGAAGCGCAAGUUUGUUAGUCGGUAUGGAUGAUUCCACUUCUGAUUCUAAGAUGGAAACGCUUGGGACAGAUGACUUGCAGCUAUCAAGAAAUGGGACUCAUGUAAAUGAUCAUCUGGAUGAGGAUUCUACGAGCACCGACAGUUCUAUUUCCAAGCAUGCUGAGAAGAAGAUAUCGCUGCUGGGACAUGGGCAUCACGGUAAACAAGUUGUGGAGCUUUUGCUGGCCAAAGGUGGGGAGGAGGCUGUUAACCAGUUUUGCCAAAGAUGGAGGCAUGUUUUCGUAGAAGCUGUCCACCCCCGUUAUUUACCUUCUGGCUGGAAUAUAAAUCACAGUGGAAGAAGAGAUUUUGGCGACUUCAGUGUCUACAAACAACCGAACCAAGAACCUCAGCCUGCUGAGUGAUUAGAACUUUAGGAGAGGCUGUCAGUGCUCCCUUUAGGACUUGAAGAGGGGCUGGCAUUUUAUCAAGCCCAUGUUUGUAUCACUGGAUUCUUUCGGUAUGUGGCACCUGGCUUGUUUCGAAGAAUUUUGUAUCAAUUUGACACAAAGUUAUUUGGAUUCACUUGGACUAA